AUGACAGUGUGGGAUCAUUUAAAAUCAGAUGCUGUGAAAUCAGAGACAAGAGAAAUAGAUGAUGAGGAAACAAGAGAAAUAGAUGAUGUGGAAACAAGAGAAACAGAUGAUGUGGAAACAAGAGAAAUAGAUGAUGUGGAAACAAGAGAAAAAGAAACAGAUGAUGUGGAAACAAGAGAAAUAGAUGAUGUGGAAUCAAAAGAAACAGAUGAUGUGGAAACAAGAGAAAUAGAUGAUGUGGAAACAAGAGAAAUAGAUGAUGUGGAAACAAGAGAAAUAGAUGAUGUAGAAACAAGAGAAAUAGAUGAUGUGGAAACAAGAGAAAUAGAUGAUGUGGAAGCAAGAGAAACAGAUGAAACAGAUGACGUGGAAACAAGAGAAACGGAUGAUGUGGAAACAAGAGAAACAGAUGGUGUGGAAACAAGAGAAACAGAUGAUGUGGAAACAAGAGAAAUAGAUGAUGUGGAAGCAAGAGAAAUAGAUGAUGUGGAAACAAGAGAAAUAGAUGAUGUAGAAACAAGAGAAAUAGAUGAUGUGGAAACAAGAGAAAUAGAUGAUGUGGAAACAAGAGAAACGGAUGGUGUGGAAACAAGAGAAGUAGAUGAUGUGGAAGCAAGAGAAAUAGAUGAUGUGGAAACAAAAGAAACAGAUGAUGUGGAAUCAAGAGAAAUAGAUGAUGUGGAAUCAAGAGAAAUAGAUGAUGUGGAAACAAGAGACACAGAUGAUGUGGAAACAAGAGAAAUAGAUGAUGUGGAAACGAGAAAUAGAUGA